UAGAAGCGCCUGCUUCCGCCGCGCGCCGCAUGCGGUCGUCGCAGGCGCAUCGUUUCUCCCCGGCCCGCCUGCCGCCGGGUGUCGCGAGGACGCUGCUGUUGGCGGCGUGGGUGGCGGGAUGGGCGGGGCUGUGCGCGUGGGUGGUGUGGUUCGCGCACUCGCAGGCCGCCAAUCCGCGGCAGGAGGCGAUGCGAGCGUGGUGUCGCACGCGCGUGCGAUACCUCCAGCAGGACAUCCGAUCGUCCAUCUCCCGCGCGCAGGUACGCGCGAUAAGCCGUGCAAAUUCUCCCCUCGCGUCGUCCAUUUCGCGCGCGCGCAGUCUCGCCUGCGCAGUCUCCCCGUCUCAGUCUCCCCUUCGCAGUCUCACCUUCGCAGUCUCACCUUCGCAGUCUCCCCUUCUCAGUCUCGCCUUCGCAGUCUCACCUUCUCAGCCUCUCCACGUCCGUCUGCAGCAGCAGAGUCUUCCUGCCGCCAUGCGCUUUCACAUGCUGUUUCUUUCUUUUCCUUUGCACCCCCCACUUCUCACUCGCGGUGGCGGGCGCUCGCACUUUUAUCUUGCCAAACCACUCGGUCUCCCAACCUAUCAUUUGCCAAACCACUUUCUAGAAUGGAACCUCUGCUACUCUUACCCUAUCCGCAUGCACGCAUUGCUCUUACCCUAUCCGCAUGCACGCAUUGCUCUUACCCCAUCCGCAUGCACGCAUUGCUCUUACCCCAUCCGCAUGCGCUGCACUUUGCUUACCCUUUUAUUUCCCGCUCCUCCCUCCCCAACCGACCCACGCACCGCUCGCCGCCGCCCUCCCUCCUGCAACCGAUCCCAUUGUUUCCCCAUACCCACUUUCCUUUCCUCCGUCCCUCCAACCCUCCCAUGACCCGUCCCCAUCCGUCCCGUGACCCGUCCCUCCUUCUCAUCUCUCCUCCUCCCCCACCCCUCCCAAUCCUCGCAUCUCCCACCUCCGGUGAGGCAAUCGGGCUGGUAAGCGUUCUGGGGCACUUCGGGCCGCGCAGCAGCAGCAACCUGAGCUACUGGGGGCUGGCGGGGUGUGUGAACAACAACUCGAUGUCUGACUACAACCUGCAGGUGGACGUGAUCGGCAACUUCAGCACGGGCACCAUCCUCAUGAUCGUCAGCGACCAAGACAGGCCUCUAGUGGAGAGCAUCAUAGGGCAUCCAAUCCAGUCAGUGCUGGGCCUCCCCGCCCCAAAGAAGGAUCUGUAUGGAGUGAACGUGUACGGCAGCAUCAACCCUGACUUUCCAGUGCAGCCCUUCACCGACUUCUUUCCUCUCGUCCCUCUGGACCUCCGCACCAACCUGUUAAAAGGGCAGACUGUCGCGGGUGCUCCUCUCUCUACUGGACCCGGAUACGUGGCAAUUGUGUUUCUCAUCCCCAUCUUCCGCCAUCCUCUGCCAGCCAGUGCGUCUUUGCAACAAAUCCAAAACAGCAUUAGCAUUGCGUGGGCCGGUGUGGUGCAUCUUGAGAUGAUGGCCCGAGAAUUAUUGCACAUGCUUGAAACUG